CAGACGCGCUACAAGACCUGGACAAUUUCCCGGCAGCCGCGCUACAAGACCUGGACAAGUUCUCAGCAGACGCGCUACAAGACCUGGACAAGUUCUCAGCAGACGCGCUACAAGACCUGGACAAGUUCUCAGCAGACGCGCUACAAGACCUGGACAUGUUCUCAGCAGACGCGCUACAAGACCUGGACAAUUUCCCGGCAGCCGCGCUACAAGACCUGGACAAGUUCUCAGCAGACGCGCUACAAGACCUGGACAAGUUCCCAGCAGACGCGCUACAAGACCUGGACAAGUUCCCAGCAGACGCGCUACAAGAACUAGACAAGUUCCCAGCAGACGCGCUACAAGACCUGGACAAGUUCCCGGCAGCCGCGCUACAAGACCUAGACAAGUUCCCAACAGCCGCGCUACAAGACCUGGACAAGUUCCCGGCAGCCGCGCUACAAGACCUGGACAAGUUCUCAGCAGACGCGCUACAAGACCUGGACAAGUUCCCGGCAGCCGCGCUACAAGACCUGGACAAGUUCUCAGCAGACGCGCUACAAGACCUGGACAAGUUCCCAGCAGACGCGCUACAAGACCUGGACAAGUUCCCAGCAGACGCGCUACAAGAACUAGACAAGUUCCCAGCAGACGCGCUACAAGACCUGGACAAGUUCCCGGCAGCCGCGCUACAAGACCUAGACAAGUUCCUAACAGCCGCGCUACAAGACCUGGACAAGUUCCCAGCAGACGCGCUACAAGACCUGGACAAGUUCCCGGCAGCCGCGCUACAAGAGCUGGACAAGUUCCCAGCAGACGCGCUACAAGAGCUGGACAAGUUUCCAUCAGACGCGCUACCACCGUCG